AUGCACAACGAAUUACUGCAUGACGAUACCAGAUAUCAACCUAUGAUAGCGCAGACACAAUAUUCCGAGAGACAGGCAACUAUUACUCAGAAUACACAUAUUGGUAGCGUUGGAAGAGUCUUAUUCCGUUAUGUUCCUGUAAUUAUUCACGGUCGUGGCACAUCGGUGAGAACGUAUGCCUUCUUGGAUGACGGGUCCUCAGCAACGUUGAUGGAGCAUAGCCUCUUGAAAGAGCUACGUAUGGAUGGUGAACCACAAUCUUUAUGUCUCAACUGGACAUCGAACCAGCAUCGCGAGGAGAAGGAUUCAGUGAAACUUUCGUUGGAAAUCUCAGGAAUCAAUAGCGAGAGCAAAACAUAUCUACUACCUAAAGUACAUACUGUUGGCCAUCUCGCAUUACCACGCCAAUCUGUGUCGUUUGAUGACAUGGCUCGUAGGUAUAGUCAUUUGCAAGGGCUGAAGAUUGAGUCAUAUAGCAACGUUUCUCCCAGGAUCCUGAUAGGGAUCGAUAAUUGCCGCUUGGGCCAUUCCAUUGAUAGUCACGAAGGAGAUGUAGACGAACCCACUGCGACUAAAACACGUCUUGGUUGGCUUGUGUAUGGGCCAUGCUCAUUUACACCUAGUUUGUCGGCACCGGAAAAUGCGGCACACCAUAGCUUCCACAUAUGUCCAUGUAGUAAAGAAGUGGACGCGAAUCUACAAAUGUCCCUCAAGGAAUACUUUUCGCUUGACAGUAUGGGUGUGGCAGAUACGACUAAGCUAAUGCUAUCCAAGGAUGGAGAAAGAGCUAACAAAUUGCUGACAUCACUCACUCAGGUAAAAGGCGACAGAUACGAGACAGGGCUUUUAUGGAAAUACGACAACGUGAAACUACCGGAGAGCAGAACGAUGGCGCUCAAGCGACUGGUUUGUCUAGAGAAACGAAUGCAGAAAGACCCAAAUCUACUUGAAUCAUUGAAGAGGCACAUCCACGAAUAUGAGCAAAAGGGCUAUAUCAGGCGGCUUACUCCUGUGGAAGCUGCAGCAAAGCCUCAACGAUGCUGGUACCUACCGAUAUUUCCUGUUCAGAAUCCAAACAAGCCACACAAACUCCGGAUAGUUUGGGACGCGGCUGCCUCCGUCGCUGGAAUAUCACUGAACUCUCUUCUUUUGACCGGUCCAGACCAGUUAGUCUCCUUACUGUCAGUCCUGCAUAAGUUCCGAGAAUUCCGUGUUGCCAUAACAGGGGACAUCAGAGAAAUGUUCCAUCAAGUGAUGGUCAACGAAACAGACCAACAAUGUCAAAGGUUUCUUUGGCGCGACGGUGAUUCAAGCCGCGAUCCCGACGUAUUUAUCAUGAAAGUAAUGACCUUUGGCGCUACUUGUUCGCCCAGUUGUGCUCAGUUUGUGAAAAACCACAACGCAAAACAGUUUGAAAAUCAGUUCCCCAGAGCGGUCGAAGCCAUUGUUGACGAGCACUACGUGGACGACAUGCUGUUCAGUGUGGAAUCAGAGGAGGAAGCAAUCAAACUAGCUAAGGACGUACGCUUCAUCCACGCUCAGGCUGGGUUUGAGAUUCGACACUGGCUGUCGAACUCACAGCAUGUAAUCGAAGCACUGAAUGCCGGACUAAACACGGAGAAGAGUUUGAAUAUCGGCAACGAACUAGCGACGGAGAAAAUCUUAGGCAUGUGGUGGUGCACAACUACGGAUUCGUUUACGUUCAAGGUAUCUCCGAGGAUUGACAGAGAACUACUCUCGGGAAAGGCAAUUCCAACGAAAAGGCAGGUACUAAGAACGCUUAUGAUGGUUUAUGAUCCGCUAGGGUUGAUCGGAAAUUUUCUGAUGUAUCUAAAAACCCUACUCCAGGAAAUAUGGCGUUCAGGUAUAGCCUGGGACGAACCCAUAAGAGAGGAGCAAUGGAAGAAGUGGCAGACGUGGCUUGAUGUGUUACCGCUGGUCGAGCGUGUCAAUGUUCCAAGAUGCUAUCGAACGAUUACAUCAGCCAGCGACACGACGGUAAUUCAACUCCAUGUAUUCGUCGAUGCAUCGGAAAACGGUUUCGUUGCUGUUGCAUAUUUCAGAUUCAAAGAAGGUGAUCGCGUUGAAUGUGCCCUGAUCGGAUCGAAAACUCGUGUAGCCCCAUUACGUUUCGUCUCAAUACCGAAGCUCGAAUUGCAGGCUGCAGUGCUAGGUGCUCGUCUGGCUAACAGUAUCGUUGAGUCGCAUAAGCUAAAACCGUCCCAGAGAUUUUUCUGGACAGACUCACGGGAUGUGAUUUGCUGGCUCAAUUCUGACCAUCGUCGGUAUAGUCAGUUCGUGGCGUUCAGGGUCAGUGAAUUGCUGGACUCAACGGAUGUCUCGGAAUGGAACUGGAUAUCGACUAAUCAAAAUGUCGCCGACGAGGCCACGAAAUGGCGGAAGGUGCCAAGCCUUGAGCCGUCCAGCCGUUGGUUUCAUGCUCCAGAUUUUCUGUGGAAAUUGACACAAGAGUUUCCAUUGUCAAACCAAAACUUCGGCACGACAUCGGAAGAACUUCGUGCGCACUCGCUUCAUCAUCUCACUCGAGAACCGUCGAUUAAGUUUGAAGACUUUUCGAGUUGGAUUCGUUUGGUACGGCGCAUAGCAUUCGUCUGUCGCUUUCCGCGAAACAUCCGUUCCAGGUUACUAAAACAAGCACCGGUGUGUGGUCCGUUGACUAAGGAUGAAUUUAUAGCUGCUGAGAUUGUGAUCUAUAAACUCGUCCAAUCUACGAGUUUCGCCGAGGAACUACAGAUAUUAGGAGGAGCUAAAACGCAAAGCGGAAAAAACGACGUGCACUACCAAAAUGUAGCUCACUGUAUAAACUCAAUCCAGUUCUCGAUACGAAUGGUAUUCUUCGGAUGCUCGGUCGCAUAG